AUGUGUGUCCCUGGCCGCGUGAUUAUUUGUCUGCUGAGGAACGACCUGCGGCUGCACGAUAACGAGGUUCUACACUGGGCACACAGGAAUGCAGACCAGAUAGUUCCGCUGUAUUGCUUUGAUCCAAGGCAUUAUGUAGGAACUCAUUACUUCAAUUUUCCAAAGACCGGGCCCCAUCGGUUAAAGUUCCUAUUGGAAAGUGUUCGGGAUCUGAGAAUUACACUGAAGAAAAAGGGAAGUAACCUUCUGCUACGGAGAGGGAAACCAGAAGAGGUCAUUGAAGAUUUGGUGAAGCAGCUGGGUAAUGUGUCUGCUGUGACUCUGCAUGAGGAGGCAACAAAAGAAGAGACAGAUGUUGAAAGUGCUGUGAAGCAAGCAUGCACUCGGCUUGGGAUAAAGUACCAAACAUUUUGGGGAUCAACGCUGUAUCACAGGGAGGAUCUUCCAUUCAGGCACAUCUCCAGCUUGCCCGAUGUCUACACCCAGUUCAGGAAAGCAGUUGAAACACAGGGGAAAGUGCGACCAACUUUCCAGAUGCCGGAUAAGCUGAAGCCUUUGCCGAGCGGCCUGGAGGAAGGAAGUGUUCCAUCACAUGAGGACUUUGACCAGCAAGAUCCCCUGACUGACCCAAGAACUGCCUUCCCCUGCAGUGGGGGAGAGAGCCAGGCCUUGCAGAGACUGGAACAUUACUUCUGGGAGACUAAUCUUGUUGCUUCAUAUAAAGACACCCGCAAUGGACUCAUAGGGCUGGAUUAUUCAACUAAAUUUGCUCCCUGGCUUGCACUGGGCUGCGUAUCUCCUAGAUAUAUAUACGAACAAAUCGGAAAAUAUGAAAAGGAACGAACAGCGAAUCAAAGCACGUACUGGGUGAUAUUUGAGCUUCUAUGGAGAGAUUACUUUCGCUUUGUGGCUUUGAAAUACAGCAGAAGGAUUUUCUUCCUCAGAGGUCUCCAGGAUAAAGAUGUUCCUUGGAAGAGGGACCCAAAGCUGUUUGAUGCCUGGAAAGAAGGCCGUACGGGGGUACCUUUUGUGGAUGCCAACAUGCGGGAAUUGGCAAUGACUGGAUUCAUGUCAAACAGAGGGCGUCAGAAUGUGGCCAGUUUCCUAACCAAAGACCUUGGGAUUGAUUGGAGAAUGGGAGCAGAAUGGUUUGAGUACCUUCUGGUGGACUAUGACGUCUGUAGCAAUUAUGGCAAUUGGUUAUACAGCGCCGGAAUUGGGAACGACCCAAGGGAAAACAGGAAGUUCAAUAUGAUUAAACAAGGGCUGGAUUAUGACUCCGGAGGUGAUUAUAUCCGGCUCUGGGUUCCAGAACUGCAGCAAAUAAAAGGUGGAGAUGCUCACACUCCCUGGGCACUGAGCAAUGCCUCCCUGGCACACGCCAACCUGUCUCUUGGGGAGACUUACCCCUAUCCCAUUGUAAUGGCACCUGAGUGGAGCAGGCACAUUAAUCAGAAGCCGGCGGGAAGCUGGGAGAAAUCAGCAAGAAGAGGAAAAGGACCUUCUCACACUCCGAAACAACACAAGAACAGGGGAAUUGACUUUUACUUCUCACGGAAUAAAGACGUUUGACCGUCUGCAAGUGAACAUUAAAUGGUUAAUCUGUUACACGGAAAACCGAAACGACUCCCCUUCCAUGGGAACUGCAUUAUCCUGGAUCCUGCCAAAAAUCCUUUCCAUGUAUGGAGAUACGGUAUAGGGUCAAUGGCCGCAUUGUGAAGUUUGCAAAAACCUUUUGUCUAGGAUCGGCUUGCAUUUGAGCUAUACUUUCCCUUUAACACUUUAUGAUCUAUUGGAUCCCAGUUCUGGCCUGAAAGCAGUUGGGAGGAGAGCAGUAUUUGUGGGCCCUGCCAGUGGUUGUGGUGUUUUAUUUGUACAUUAUUAUUAUUAUUAUUAUUAUUAUUAUAUGGAACGUGUCAAAAUAUGUUUAUUAAAGGGGUUGUACACUCAAAAA